GCAGCUAUUUUGCAGCCAUUGCAAGAGUACCCCAAGCAGGAUUAUUCAACGUCCUCCUCAGGUACAAGUCACACAAUGCAUGCCACGAAUGACAACAUCAUGUCAACCAACACUUGGAACAAUCGCUCCAUUUGCUUUUCGCUGGACCCGAACCACGCCCUGUGCAAUCCGGCUGAGUUAAUGGAGGGCGCCUCCUAUCAUGAUGAUAUCUCGACCUCCUUUUCUCUGGGCGCUGAUGGAUGGAUGGUGGGACCCGAUCAUCGGCUUCUUUUCUGGGUGCCUCCUACCUCCCGUCAUUCAUUUGAUACUCCUUGGACUACAUUGGUGAUGGAUAGACGACCGACUGAGGUUGAUUUGAGCCGCAUGGCACAUGGAAAACACUGGCAGAAGUGCCGAGAUGAGCUUUGCGAUCGAUGAUCAUGAUCUUAUCCUAGG